UUGAUUAGUUGAUCCAUGUCAACAUGGCACAUGAAAGUGAUUUAUUGUUGACGUUAACCUUUUUUUAGAUAUAAUGAAAUUAAGCCCUUCAAUUUAUUUGAUGAAAUUGUAAAUAUGUACUUUCCGACAGGUUGGCCAAAAUAUCUUGAGCCCCGAAACUCACUUAGUUUACCCAUUUCAGUUUUUUGUAAUAGAGAUCGAUCUCUAUUUGGUGUCUUGACUGAUGACAGUAUUAGUAUUUGGUUUAUAAGGCCCUGUGUUGAAGUUACAUGCUUUAAGAGGAGUAAAGAGUCCAUUGAUGCAUUUGGCACAAAUCAAUUAGCAGAAUGGAAACCAGAUUCUUUAAUGAUUGUUAUUACUACAAGCCUGAAUCAUUUGUUGUUUUUUCAAGUAGAAAUUGAUGAUUCUAUAAAAUGUCUAUAUGAGCAGUUAGAUAGCAAAAUAUCAGGAUUGCGAAGAGAGAGUGAUGAAUUAUAUUUAAAAGAAAAAGUUCCUCCAAUUUCAUUGGAACAUGUUCACACAUUAUGCCUUAAUUCUAAAAUUAGCAGCUUAGUAUGUAUUCGGGAUGAACUCAUGGUGACAACAUUGGAUGGCCAUUUUUGGCGAGUGAAAUGGGAUGGCGUAUUAAAUGAAGAUUAUACAUUAAAUUUAAGCAAUAUUUCCUUUCGGUAUGAUCAUUUACAAUCGAGAGGUAUUCGAUUUUCUUCAGGAUCUACGUUUCAUGGAUCUGAUUUAUUUGUUAAAAGUAUGGAAUAUUCACCAAUCAUUGGAGGCUUUUCUGUUGUACUUUCAAAUGGGCAAGCUUGUUUCAUAACUGCAACUACUUUGAAAUUUGAGCCUCAUCAAGUUUAUGGUAUUUUUGCUCAAGAUGUACAGAAUGCAUUAUGUACAGCUGUUAAUCAUCGAUAUCGUUUAAUUGCAUAUGGAUUAAAAAGUGCUCAAGGUGUUGUGUUCUGCAUAGAUGACAUUACUGGUGCUUUACAAUCAACUCAUCAGCUAAUACUAUCUAGCAAAGAUUUUCCAGACAUUUCAACUGCAGCGGGAGGUGUUUCCAAUUUGAAAUGGACGCCUGAUGGCGGUGCUUUGGCAAUGACUUGGGAAAAAGGAGGAUUUGCUGUUUGGAGUGUGUUCGGAGCACUGCUGAUGUGCAGUCUUGGCUGGGACUAUGGGUCAGCAGAUGUUAUGAAAAAUGCUCUAAAAAUUUUGUCAUUGGAAUGGGGACCAGAAGGAUAUCAUCUUUGGACAGUCGCUGAAAAGCCAAGUGUAAAAGUUAUUAAUGAUGCUCAACAUUCAAAUAUUAAAGUUGCGUUGUUCCAAUUUGCCAAAAGUGCCUUAACAGUUAAUGCUGGAAUGACUGGCAAAGAACAUGUAUUUUUACAAACUGAAGAUAGGCUUUAUGUGAGUGCUGGUGCUGAUAUCAUCCAUAAUAAGCCUAGUGGUGCUGAAAGGAAUAAUGAACCAGAAAUAAAUGCAUCUCUUGGUUUAUCAAGAGAACAAAUGCUUGUGGGAAACAAGCAAUGGAUUGUUAUUCCAAUACCAUAUGCAUAUCUUGGAAAUAAUUGGCCAAUUCGAUAUACAGCAAUUGAUUCUCAGGGUCAAAGCAUGGCUGUUGCUGGAAGAAGUGGUUUAGCUCAUUAUUCUUUAUUAACACGAAGAUGGAAACUGUUUGGGAAUGAGACUCAAGAGAGAGAUUUUGUAGUCAUGGGUGGUUUACUUUGGUGGGAAGAUCAGAUCAUCCUUGGAUGUUACAAUCUUCGUGACCUUAGGGAUGAAAUUCGUGUUUAUCCCCAAGAAAGUAAACUUGAUAACCAAUUUGUCCGUGUUGUUAAAAUGGAUUCCCAAGUUCUGCAGUUGUCAGCUCUUGGAGAUAGACUUCUCAGUUUUUGUGCAGAUUCUCACCUUACUUUAUUUUUAUUGCAAAGAAAAACUUCUCCUACAAGUAGUGUUUUGCAUGUUUCACGGAUUUUGGAAUUAGAUGUAUCCAAUUUAGUAUUUCAUCCAGCUUGUGUUGUGUCAUCAGUGCUUACAUCAUUGUGUACAGAAACAGUAAGGUGGCCUCGGAAAGGAGAUGAAAGUAUUCUUUUGAAUAUAUGUGGUCGUUUACUUCUUUUACAACAAGAUCCUGUAUCUAGAACUUCUGAUAUUGUAAACAAUAAUUCACAGAAGAUACCAUCAUAUGGAUUGCCAACCGUUCUUGCAUCUUGUGUUGAAAAUGUUUGGGUUUGCUCUCAUAGCUCUAAAGAUACACCCCAUCUUACUGAGGCCUUGUGGAUAGCUUGUGGUGCUCAUGGUAUGAGAGUUUGGUUGCCAUUAUUUCCUAGAGAUGGAGAAAAACAAAGAGCUCAUAACUUCAUGUCUAAAAGAAUUAUGCUUCCAGUUCCAGUGUACAUUUAUCCGUUAGCUGUUUUAUAUGAAGAUGCUGUAAUUUUGGGUGCGGAGAAUGAAACUGUAUUAUUGCCAGCUGAUAGUUAUAGCAAACAUCCUUUUAGUAUCAUUUCUCGUACAAGUCAAGUAUAUCUACAUCAAAUUCUAAGGCAGCUAUUAAAACGAAAUUUAGGCUAUCAUGCAUGGGAAAUAGCUCGAAGUUGUUCAACCUUACCAUAUUUCCCACAUUCAUUAGAAUUACUUUUACAUGAGAUUCUGGAGGAAGAGGCUACUUCUUCAGAUCCUAUACCAGAUGCCUUACUUCCAAGAGUAAUAGAUUUUAUUCAGGAAUUUCCUGUAUUUCUACAAACAGUUGUGCAGUGUGCUAGAAAAACUGAGCUAGCAUUAUGGCCUUAUCUCUUUUCUGCAGUUGGCAAUCCUAGGAACUUAUUUCAAGCAUGCCUUAAUCAGGGACAAUUAGAGACUGCUGCUUCAUAUUUAAUUAUUCUACAAAAUUUAGAAUUAUCUUCGAUUAGUCAACAACAUGCUACACUUUUGCUGGAUUCAGCACUUGAAGCUGGAAAAUGGGAGCUUGCUAAUGAAUUAGUAAGGUUUCUAAAAGCAAUUGAUCCCAGUGAUAAUGAACCAGUGCCUCGAACUUUUAUCCCUCCAAAUAAAUAUGGUUUACCUCAUUCAACUCCACCUUGUAGUCCAUCUGAAGAUGAUUUGUCUUUUGUUCUUGGAACUGUGUCUCUGACUAGAGGUAGAUCACAAAGUACUACUGUGAGUCAAAAAUUAGCCUUAACAAUGCAGGAUAAAUCUUCUCGAGUGCAACAUCAAGAUAUAGCAAGGACUAUAAGUGAUCCUCAUAUUAUUCCUAGGAGAAGAAGAAUUUCUGACCAUAAAGACAAAGGUUCUGAAGAAUUUUUCAUUGAUACUUUACUAACUCAAUAUGCUAGAAAACUGCUUAGUUCAGGAAAACUAAAAGAUUUGGGAUAUUUUGCUGCCCAUCUUGAUUUUCAUUUAAUCACAUUCUUUACAAAAGAAAGGAAUCAUACUGCACAUGUUGACGAUUUUAUUAGAGCCUUGUUCACAUUACAUCAGGAUUUUCAGUGGCCUUUCCCAUUAUCGUCCUCUAUAUAUUCUACAAAUGGUAUAAAUAAAACAGCAGAUUCUUCUCCUACUCUUUUGGAUUCCAAAAUGAUUCUCUCAGAACCAAGUCUUCAUGCAUAUGACAAAUUUAAUGAAGGCAAAAUUAUUAGCAUUUUGAAUGCUAAUAAUAUGCAGAAUAAUGUACCUGAAAAUAAUAAAGCUGAAAAAUUGAAGAAUUUACAUAAUUUAUCUAGUUUGAAUUCAAAUUCAAGCCUAGAAGAUGUCCCUGAACAUACCAUUGAAGCUCAAUUAGCUCCGAAACAAAAAGAAAGUUUAUUAACAUUGGACAUUUCUGAAAAUAGUUCUUUAUGGACUGAAGAUAGUAUAGCUACAUUUGACGAUGAAAAUCUCUCUAGUCUUUCUUUACCCACAGAAUUUGAAACAAUAUCUGAGGAACUUGUCAGUCGGGGACCCUUGGAAACUGAGGUUCAGUUAAGGUACCUUCUGCAAUUGCUUUUAGAAGCAGGUUGUCUUGAUUGGGCUCUUCUUAUAGCAAUAAUUUUGAGAGAUGCUAUGAGUGUGAUACGUGUGGUGAAUACUGCCAAACAAGAACAAUUUCCGAAUGUACUGAAACAUUUAAAAGAAGGAAUGGCAUCUAUUGAGCAGUGGGCUGAAAAAGAGUGUUUAGGUUACAAAACCUUUAUGAUAUUAGUACACAAUCAAGCCAAAGCUCUUAGCAAAAUGUCAUCUGCAUCUUCAUUGCUCAAAUUGGAUAUGCAAACUACUAAUGAGGAUUACUGUUCGGACAUUUUGUAUGAUAAUGACCAAAAUCAUCAUAGACUUUCCACAAGUAGUGACAUACCAGGUAUUGAGGGUACUCUUGUACUUCAUGGUACAAGUCCAGAUAAAGAGGAUGAAAUUUCUUCUGAAGAAUCGGAAGAUAGUGCUGAUUCUCAACGAAAAGAGGAUCAAACAUCUGAUUGCACUAUAUCUUAAAAUUAUAAUUAAAUGUAGUAUACUAUUGUUGAAAAUAUUUAUACUGGAAUGGAUUUAUUAUAUCAUUGAAACUUUUUAAAAGAAUAUUUUUUAUACAUAUUAUCCCCUUUUAACUUGUAAUCUUGAGGCAGUUCAUUUUUUACAAGGUCUACAAAUAGGAAUUUUUUAACCC